AUGUUCCACCACGCCCGGACAUUCCAGGAACGAGAAGCCAAGGAACGGGCUGAAAAAGAGGCUCGCGAGAAGGAGAAGAAGAAGGAGCAGCAGGCGCAGACGGCACCGAGCACCAGGGAGCAGGAUGUCGCGAGGAUGUCUCCCGACCUCGCGUCCCACGUCGCCUUCGAUCUCCAGGAUGCCGCUGCCAAGCUGCUUCAGUCCGUGCAGGCCGAAAUUCUGAGCACUCCUGCCGCACCUUUGAAGGCCCAGCCACCCGCACAUGUGCAGGCGCUCUUCAAGGAGCCGGAAGAGUUGGAUGCCAAUGGGCAGCCGCGAAAGCACAAGCCCCUGACACGCCUCGACGGGCCGCCUGCGCCAGAACGGAAGCUCAGGGACGAUGAGAUGAAGCGGCUAAUCCAACAGGUCCCCACAGAUAAGGCCAGGGCCUUUGCCUUCGACAUUGACUGGGACGCGGUCCAUGAACCAUGCCAGACCAACCCUGGACACACCCGGGCAGCAACUGUGUCUCUGGUGCCACUUCAGCUCUCUUCAACAUGCCGAACAUGCACGCAACAUCUAUAG